AUGCCGAUUGACUUCGUUCGCAAUCUAACUACGAUAAUUUGUUUUGCCUCCGACGCCGUUGGAAAAAUCGCGCGGAGGCUUGAGACACGGGCGCGCCGCAGUCCGGCCGGUGGACAAUACGUUUCGAAAAGCACUUUAUCAUGCAAUUACACCUAUCUGCCGGAAGAUCGACGAGUCGAGGUCUCCGCGUUCCGCGCGCCAACACCAGAUAAAGCCUAUCAGCCAAGAAAAUUAUGUACUCCAACUUGGAUGCAAAAGUUCCAGAAGGGUAAUUGCUUCGAGUGCGCGACAUUUUUGACGAGCUUGCUGCUGGGCCAGGGCUACAAUGCGUUCGUGGUAAGCGGCUACGCAUCCAGGGAGCAAACUGUGUGCGAUCUGACUCGAACUACGCACCCCUAUGCGCGACAACCGGAACCGCCUGCAUUUCCUUCGACGGUACAAGUUGAAGUGUCGAAGUACGAUUUGAAGCCCGCGAUAGAAUAUGAAAGCGAAUUUUUAGCGGAAUUGAAGGAGGAGGAACAGAGACGGUUGCAAGACAAAUUGAAACAAGAGGAAGAGGAGCAACAAAGACUAAUCGAGGAACUGGAACAACCUCAGCCAGACAAAUAUUAUGGAUACAGAAUACAUGCUUGGGUUGUAAUUUUACCAGAAUUAGGGGGAUUAAGAGACCAAGAGUUUUCUGGGCCGCUUUUCAUUGAACCAUCCACCGGUGUAUCCUACAAUCCAACAUAUGAUAACACGUAUGGACUGUAUUUGGGUGUAGAAAGUAUAUGGAACGAUGAAAAUUAUUGGGUGAACCUGCAGCCGUUUUCGCAAACGUGCUCGGACAUAGAAUGGGACUUGACGAGGCUGGAACUAUGGGAGCACAUGCUUCCUGGAGAACCGUUUGCAAUGCGCGGAAUAGGAGAGGCUAUCGAUGAAGAUACGGCGAUAUUGCAAGAGAAACAUCUGGAUAUGCCGAUUUCCUACGUGCAAGAGAUACAGAUCAGUGACGAAGAAUUUGAGAAACGAUAUCCAAAUGGCAGGAAAACGAUGUUCUACAAAAAGACGAAGGUUGAACUUUUCACGCCGUAUUUGCAAUUAGACGGUUUAAUACAACGAAUCGCUAAAUACGAUGAUUAUAGUUACCUAAAUUGUAUAGAGAUUCAAGAAAUUUACGCGAAUAGAUCGGACAAUCUUGUGGAGUGUAAAAAAGAUCUGACGAACUAUUCUGUGAUUGAUUUCUAUCAGAGAGGCCGGCCGGAUCAAUGCAAAGAACAUCGCUAUUUUUCAAAUGAUCCAAAUACAGUGGACGCGGAACGUAUUUUGGAAUUUUAUCAUGUCGCACGGUUGGAUGGACUGUCACGAUUGGAAAUGCACCCCACUUAUGUAAAACAAUAUUUUAUCGAUCGAGACGAUUUUCUACAUUACAGAUACGCGGCAUUUUCGCCAGAAAAAAGUAUUCGCAAUACCGAGGACAUCCAUUAUCGGCACAUAUCGAAAAUCAUUGAAGAGUUUCACAGAGAUGAAACGAUCAAAAGCAAUAAAAAUAUAGCAACCCGUGAGUUUGCUAUCGACGAAAAUGAAAUACGGCUCUUGUACCAUUAUGAAACUGGACAAUAUAGCAGAGCUAGUAGAAUGUUUAUAAAACCACCGCUGGCGGAAAGAGGGGACCGAUUAAAAUUAAAGCCUAACAUGACACAAGGAUAUAAUCCUUCGAAUGAGCACGAAAAAGUUUACGAAUUAUUUUGCGAACUGGACACGCAACUUAAAGAGGAAGAUCAAUCUACAAUGUCCGUCAGGGGUGCUGAAGUUGAAGUGUUUAACUUCCUAAAAAUCAGAGAUGACGAGUAUUUAUCGCCGAAGUUAUUAGUAUCUAUAUUCAGUAGGACCAGAGACGAAGAAUCUAUGUCCGAGAUUAUGGACUGGUCACUUGUGCACAUUGAAAAAUCUUCGAUGGACAUCGUGGAUUAUCUGAAACCAUUUUUGGCACGAUUGGGAAAUCCAGAGGAAUUAUCCAAACAAGAGGCACAAUCGCUACAACUCCAAUGCCUUAACGACUAUAAACAAGUACUUGUGCGCAGAGCAAACAAAAUUUUACAGAAAUUUGAAGAAUGUUCGCAGAAAGUUACGGGCUUGCAACAAAAACUGAUAUUCCAAGGUGAGGAAUUAACCCACGAAGAGGAAGAAGAAAUACUAGAUGAAAUGAAUAAAAUUAAUUUCGACAUGAUAACUUUAGAAACCCAGCUGACACGUCACAGAAAUUUAGUUCCGGAAAAGUACAAAAUGUUGGUGGAUCACUUAAAACAAAGUACGCAUUUAGCGAUCCUCCGGGGCGCGUAUUUUGCGGUAUAAUUUAGAAACGAAAUUCAACUGUUGAUAUAAACAAGAAUAUUUAUUGAAAAGACCAAGAACCCAUUUGUCCGAUACAACGGCCUGAAAUACAUUUUUAAUAAUAAAUAUUACGUAUUUAUUAGUAAAAUGUAAUACUUCCUACAUCAGUACCUUCGUCGUCGAAGGUGGCCAAUGUAAAUUUGCUAAGUUUGUUCGUGAAGCUGCCUGUGUUCGAACCUAUUGAAUGAUCAGUUAAACGUUCAACGUGCGCAACGUCUCCAUUAGCACCGUGUCGGCGGUGUUCCUCAGCAAAUCCAGAUAUUAACGUAUCCAUCAUUAUUGCCUAAAAAUAAUUGAACUUUUUCAAUAACUCUUUUGUACACAUUUCACAAUUUAGAAGAAAUAAAUCAUACUUGUCUCGAGAA